UUUUCAUUGGAACAAUUGUUUUCUUGUUAGGCUAUUGGGUAGGCUGUAUUCCAAUAUUUUUCAAAAUUAAGAAGACUGUUUGAUUUUAAGCAAAGUUAGAUAGGAAAAAUAUUUUUUCAUCCAUAAUUUAAGGGAUCUCUUCUUUUUUUCUUAGUGAUAGGAUAGGACAAAGUCUUAGGCUAUUGAAUUGAAUUGAGUUUUGAUGAGAAAAAAGCGAAAUGGACAUUGAAUCAUUGAAGAAAUUCUUGGAGAAAGAAGGAGGUAACUAUGAAAGUUCAGUGGAUUCCAUGCCUUCAAGUUUCCUUGAACCCCUUGUCUCCCAUGGGAUAAACCUUGACGUUGUUGAACCGGGUCGGGUUCUCUGUUCUUUCAAAGUCCCAAAUCGUCUAGUGAAUGACGGUAAUUUUCUACAUAGUGGAGCCACGGUGACUCUCGUCGAUAUUUUGGGUGCUGCUGUUAUUUGUACUGUAGGUGCGCCACUCGUUGGUGUCUCACUUGAGAUCAACCUUUCAUACUUGGAUGUUGCUUAUCUUGGAGAGGAAAUCGAAGGUGAAGCUAAAGUAUUACGUGUUGGGAAGACAAUUGCUGCUGUCACCGUUGAGUUGAGGAAGAAAGAAACGGGGAAGAUAGUUGCUCAAGGUCGCGAUACCAAGUACUUGGCUGUCAAUAGUAAGCUUUGAACUACAUAUACUUUCUGAGGAAAGUUCCCAUAUAUGGGACGUGAAUACAUAAGUAGUUUUGGCAUGUAUUAUGCAACUGAACAUUCAAAUACGGAAUAAUUUUUUAUCACAACGACUGGUUGUUAUAAUGAA